AUGAAUAACUCCCAGCAACAUUCUAUUCGAUUUGCCAAGAAGCAGGUCUCGAGGAAGAGAGCGACAAAGGCAUGCCUCAAAUGCCGUAAACGCAAGGUCAGGUGUGAUGUCACCCGCACCUCGACACCUUGCACCAACUGUCGUCUCGAUGGUUGCGAAUGCGUCGUUGCUCGUCGCGCAGAUGCUUUUCCCGAAUCAAAUGGCCCUUCGUCAAUCGCCUCAAAUGAUAUCCUACGCGAUUGCGAGGCCGUCACGACAGCCGAAUCACCAGCUUCCAGCAACGACAGCCCGCCAAGUCCCAUCGAAGAGGCUUCCUCCGCCCUAUUAAACCUCGAAGAAAGCGAAUACAAAUCUCCACACCAUCGCGACCGGGCAGAUAUUGCUACACCAAUCAACCCGACGCCAGAAAAUGUAUUCGAGGUCGAGCGCAUAGAGGAAUUAACGCCAGCGUCUUUCCAAUCCGCUUCAUCAGUCGUAACCAUCGAAGAACCAUGCGAACCAGUACGAUCCGAAUUAAAAGCCUUAUACUCGUCGAUGCCGUUCUUGAGAACGUUAAAUAUGCGCGAUUGCGAUUUCAAUCACCUCAACACCCAAGGCUGUCUACGCGUUCCGUCCAAGCCCAUCCUCGAUCAAUUUAUGAAACAUUAUUUUCUAUAUAUCCACCCGCUAUUACCUCUUUUAAACGAAGCCGACUUCUGGAGUGCCUAUGACCCAACGCCCUCAGAUAAUGCCAAUCCUGGUACACCUGUAUCGAUGCUUCUGCUGCAAUCGAUGAUGUUUGCAUCAUGCACUUUCGUUUCAAAAGAAAGUCUUCAAACUCUUGGCUUCUCAACCAUUCUCCAAGCAAAAGAGUCUUUUUACACAAAGGCCAAACUAUUAUAUGACUUCUCCACCGACCCCGACCCCGUCUCUAUCGCACAAGCCGCACUCCUCCUAACAUACUGGUGCCCAACCUUCCGCUCUGGUCCUCGAAAGGCAAACAGUAGAUGGCUCAGAAUAGCAAUCCAGCACGCCAAGUCCUGUGGGGCUCAUCAAUACGACAUGCCCAGCUUGGGACUAACAGUCUCGCAGCAGGAUAUGAAGCGACGAAAUGUCUUCAAGCGUGUCUGGUGGUGUUGCAUUAUCCGCGAUCGUAUCAUGCCGAUUUGCGUGAGACGGAAUAUUCAGAUCUCAAGUUCGCAUUUUGACUUUGCUUCUUGCUCACCACUGGGAUAUGAUGACUUGGUAGAUGAGCUCGAGUCGUCACGCGUUUAUAAUAUUGCCACCAAGCACAAGCUCAUUCUUGCUUUGGAGAGACUUACAGAGUUGUGUGUUACGUUGACGGACAUCCUCAGUUUGGUCUAUCCAACUGAAAGCAUACCGAUAUUGGACGCCGAGGCACAUUCAUCAGCGUAUGUGAAGGUACAAGAGCACAAGAGAUCGCUGAGGUUUUGGGCUACUGCUACAAGGCCACCUUUGGCACUCAAGGAUCUCACACAAAACGCUGGGCCACAUGAAGAUUCUGCAGUGCUGUUUACGAACCUGGUCUGGAUCUACUUCCACGCGAGCCAAGUAGCCCUUUGCAACUAUGAACUUCACCUCGGUCUCGUCCUUGGCCUCAUCACACAGAGACCGAAAGAAACCCAAUUCCUCAAAAACAACAGAAGAGAUCUGAGAAGCGCUACGAAAGCCAUAGCCGAAUGCUUUGCCCGUUUACAUCCACACCGUCUAACGCGCUGGCUACCGAGUAGCGCAGUAGCAUGCACAGCCCUCCCACUCGCGAUGCACAUGGUAGAUAUCAAAAUGUCCGCGGCCUCUUCCGCUGCCGAGAUCUGGUCCCGACCAGACGUUGCUUCAAAACAGUCACGACUGAAUGUCCUCAUUCAAGUGUUCAGAGAACUCCAUCCUAAAUACGACGGCGUGCAUUCUAUCUCCAAGACAAUUCGGUAUUUUAUGGAAUGCGUUGGCGUCAACGAGCCUACGCAAAUGAUGAUCACAAACGACCAGAGCGAUGUACUCGCACGAAGUCCUGCCCAAUAUCUACGGCUUGCUUUGACAAUCGACGUGUGUCUGAGCCAAGAUCGUCUCGUACAAGACAGUGACUUUCCCGCUGCCCUGAGACGUUUCGUCAGCAGGAAUCAAUCACUUAUGCCCAUACUUCUGGGCCAACCCAGCAUUCCAAUACCGAUGCAAAUGACAAGACCAGUAGUGUUGCCCUGUCCAGCAUCGCCACGCCCGUUAUCGCCCAAUACUUAUGCAAGAAGCUUUUCGCGCUGGAUGGAGGAUGAUCCAACGGUCAGCUUCGCCCUUCAAAUGGGGAUCGACGUUGGCACACGACCCCAGGUGGUACAGGAAGUCACAGAAAGGGCGCAGAAGGCUUACUCAGUCAGCACUGAGGAGACUGAAACGUCACCCUCUGACAACUCGCAGGUUGACAGUUCUCAGGGAGAUGAUGAGCAGGUUGAUGAGACUGUUGAUAGGACGAGUGAUGCCCCAAUGUCGGGUAUGACGGAGGAUCUGCUGCAACGUCUGCAAGGCGCAAUAAACUGGGCUCAGAACGAUCAGUCCCUCUCAUUUGCGCAGGAUGUAGGCUUAUUUCCAGAGGGUAUGUGGUUGAACCAGGGAUACUUGUAA